AUGGAUGGACCAGGGCCUUCAACACAGGCGAACGCUGCUGCUCGCGCACUCAGAGCCGCGCGACGAGCUUCAGGGGAAGCAGUGACGAGCGCUCAAGGGAGCCAGAGUGCGGCCCCGUUCCCUAACAGAGGACCAGGAGCGGACGACAACGCAGCUGAAGACGCGAGCAGCGAGGAUGAAGACGACGACGAAGAUGGUGGCGAAGAGAAGACGCCUGUGUACCACCACGAGAUGUGGAAGAAGUUGUUGAGGAAGGGGAGUAUGAGGGGAGGCCUCAGAUACGUCAACGGGCAGCCGGAAACUGGCAACCAUCCCAUGGAUAUCACCGCCGUGGAGAGCACCCAGAUAGCAUGGGACAUGGGCGACCGGCGGUUUUGGCCUAACAACAUCACUCUCUGGGAGCGCCCAAACCCUUGGGUUAACCCAACAUAUGAAAUCGGAGUGAUGAAGUACAAAGGGCGUGUCGUCCUCGAUUACGCAGGAAACCCGAUCCGAAACUUCCGGAUCCCUCUGACUAUAUCUUCCAAGGUCGAGGGAUUGAGAAUAGAGUCGUGGAUGAGGUCCGACGACCGCCUCACCUUGUCUGAUAUCGAGGCACGCGAGUGGACAAAAGACGCGCCUGGUGGGAGGAAGGUCCCAACGUUUGACAGGCGAGCUCUGUCGAAGCGGGCGAGCAAUGCCCGAACUAGAGCCGGACUUAUCAGCUGGGUCGCGAAGAAGGGCAGAGACAGGCAAACUACUUUCAUGGACGCACUCCGCACACCUGAGCAGAGAGCUAGAAAUCUAGCCACGGAUCAAGACCUAACCUCUGAACAAAAGGCGAACUACGCCUUGCUCGGGCUGAACGAGGACAAGAUAAGCGAAGCUCCUUCUCGCAAAGAACGUAUCGACAAGAUUAAGAGGACGGCUGGAACGGGCGGGACCGUUGCAAGACCGAGCUUGGGGACUGCAAAUGCAGGGCCUUCGGAUCCGGUUGCAACAGCUAGCGGAGACGAUGACAGCUCGACUGACGAAAAAGAUGGUGACGAAGCCGUUCAAGAGACUCACAUCCGUGACCCAGCCUCUGGAGAUGAUACCGACGACGAAGGCAGCGAAUCCAGCAGCCUCAUAGACCCCUUUGACUCUCGCCACGAUCAGCCACUAGAUCCUCGAGAGGAAGCCCUACUGCAACGUGCUCUUGCGAACACAGUGCAGGAAUUCUUAUUUUUAACUGGACAAGAGCCCGUGCAGACGAAUCUGGGAGAUAAUUAUUUCUCUCAGUGGAGCAUGCUGCAAGAGCAGCUCAGAAUCCUGUGGGCGGCUAGAGGCAACACGGUUGAGGCACCGAGGCUGAGGUCAAGGGGCAGAUGGACUGGCGGUAUCUCUCGGUACUAUGUUGCUGAGGUGAUAGAGCUACUACGGUCUGCGUCUUCCGACACUGAUAAAACACAUAAGCCAAAGCCAGCAAACGAUGAGACCGGGCCGACAACCACGAAGCCAAAGCCAGCACCACCUAAGGCCCAACCAUCGGACAAGCAGCUUGGGAAGCGAAAGCUCGACGAGCCCCCUCAGAAUCCCAAGGCUGAUCCGAAGGCUAAAAAACCUCGCACAAGAUAA